AUGACUGCGACGUCUUCAAUUCUAAAUGAACUCGCCUCUGCGCACCGUGCUUUCGAUAACGAUGAGCCUGGCUCAAGGGAAGCACUCGUUGAGCACAGUCGGGCUCUGAUUGCCUCGCUGGAGAUUCCUAGCGAGUUCCUCCAGCGCACUUUCUGGGCAGAACCAGCACAGUCUCCAAUCAUCCGCAUGGCCGUCGAUGUCGAGCUUUUCCAACAUUUGCAAAAGGCUAGCGAUGGCGGACUAGACGCUGAAUCGUUGGCACAAAGAACUGGAAUGGAAGUCCUUCUUCUGCAGCGUCUUGCCAGACAUCUAGUGGCGAUGAAUGUCCUCGCAUACCAUGACAAUACAUUCCAUGCGACACCGUUGAGCAACGGUCUUGCAGCUGAGAACUUCCGACAUAGUGUUUCUUUCUGCCACGACGCGGCACGACCAUCAUUCAACGUUUUCCCUCAAUUUUUCAAGGAAAAUAAAUACCAAUCGCCCACACCUGGAGGAGCCGAUGGUCCCUAUCAAGCUGCGCACUCCACGAAGCUUCCGUUCUUUGAAUGGCUCGUCGCGACACCACCCAACCUCCAGCAUUUCAAUUCAUUCAUGAGCGCCUAUCGCGCCGGGAAGCCCAACUGGUACGACUUUUAUCCAGUAGCUGAGCGUUUGAUUGACGGAUUCGAGAGCUCAGCUAGCGAUGUCCUGCUUGUUGACGUUGGUGGUGGACGGGGUCACGACAUGGCACUGUUCGGAAACGAAUUUCAAUCUCGACCAGGCAGGAUCAUUCUUCAGGACCGGGAACCGAAGUACUGGCUGGUAGCAAGAACCUACCCUUCGAGGCACAAGCCCAUGACUUCUUUACGCCGCAGCCUAUCAGGGGGGGCUCGAGCAUACUCGCUUCACUCUAUCUUGCACGACUGGAGUGAUAAGGAUGGAGUUAAAAAACUGGAGAAUCUGACACCUGCGCUGAAGAAAGGAUAUUCGAAAGUCUUGUUCAAUGAGAUUGUCGUUCAUGAAGAGAAGCCCACACUAGCUGCGACUAGUAUGGAUUUGAUGAUGCUCGCUCACUUUGGAGUUAGGGAGAGGACUGAGGCGGAUUGGCGGGCUAUUUUUGAUAAGGCUGGCUUGAAGGUGGUCAAGAUCUAUAGCUACCCAGGUGUUGCGGGGAGCUUGAUCGAGACUGAACUUGCAUAA